GUGUUGCUGGUUGGGUUCAUAAUAAGGAUGGAGCCACCGAACAAUGGAACAAACACAGCAGUUGAGAUAACAGGCAGCAUCGUCCUUGGAUUAACCUGCUUUGUUGGAAUUCCAGGGAAUUCACUUGUCAUCUGGAUUAUAUUGUUCAAGAUGCAACAGCGAUCGCACACUGUCACCCUGAUCCUGAACCUGGCAAUUGCUGAUUUGGUUGUCCUACUUACAUUGCCUCUGUGGAUAUAUUCUAUCGUGAAUAGUUGGGUCUUUGGAACAACUCCAUGCAAAUUCCUGGGCUACCUGGUUUAUUGCAAUUUGUAUGGCAGUGUAUUCUUCAUCACGCUGAUGAGCAUGGACCGCUUCUUGGCUGUGAUCUAUCCAUUUGCUUCACAGCGAUGGCGGAGGAAGGGGAUUGUUCGCAAAGUGGUAGUCAUUGCUUGGUCAUUGGCUUUCCUGUUCGCUGUUCCUGUCAUUUUAGUAAAAAAUGUGGACAUUUUCGAUGGCCGCCCUCAAUGUUUGGGUCGUCAAUAUGAGUCCAAAGCCCAGCAAGUGACUUGCCUUGUACUGGAAACCCUGGUUGGAUUUAUAAUUCCUUUUUCAGUGCUGACUAUCUGUUAUGGAUUUGUUGUAAAAAAGGUGGGGCAAAUGACUUUUAAGAGCAAAAACAGGUCUGAGAUGUUAAUUGCAAGCAUCGUGAUAGCUUUUAUAAUCUGCUGGCUGCCUUAUCAUGUGUUCAACCUAGUUGAAUUUGUUUCUAUGAUGGUGGAGCUGGACCCGGACGCAGCAAAGGAGCUGCAAGACUUUUCUGGUGUGGGAUCAUACAUUACUGGAACUUUAGCUUUCAUCAGCAGCAGCAUUAACCCUCUACUUUAUGCAUUUGCCGCCCGGAAUUUGAGGAGCGGUUUUCGGUCUUCAGUAAUAGCCAAGGUUUUUGAUCAAAUGACCCCGUCCAAUAAAGAUGAAUAUACCCCAGCUCGCGAUGAUACAACGAGAAUGGAAAGCCUGUAAAUACUUGAUGCAUUGCCAAUGAUGGGAUGUAUUCACACGCUACGCGAUUAUCGACUGAAAAAUAUAUUGUGUGUAAUAUAAAUAAUGCAAUAGAAAGAAAAACUAGAGCACUUGCUCUGCCAUACAACACAUGACACUUUGCAUACUACAGAAACAAAUGUUACAUUAUUAAUCAGCUAUACUUUAUUACAAUCAUUUGUCUAAUGAAUGACUUAUUGACAAGUCGGUUCAAAUUGACUACUUUUGUGCGCAUAUGAUUUUAAAAUCAAUACUUAGAUUAUAAAGAUGUUGAAUUCAAGCAAUUAUGAAAAAUUGUCAUCUGCCCAUUUAAAAAAUAUUAUUACAGUUUUUGUUUGCUUUGA